AUGCUUAAAGCCACUCAGGAGCUGAAUGCCAACUCAGAGCUGUCAAAGACUUUUUCGUCCUUACUUGAGCAGAUGAGUGAGCGAAUACCAGAAGCGAUGAUUUCUUCGACGCAGUCAUUGAUAGAGUUUCUAGACUGCGAGUCUCACUUAAUACGUAACGCGGUGAUUCGUGUUUUUGAGAAGUUGAUUGCAUAUACGUCUAGUAUGAAUAUGUCCGACGCGUCUUCGGAAGAGUAUGCCACGCUCCGGGAGGAACUCUUCCAAGUGCUUGUGGAGAGGUUUUUGGACGUUAGUUCUUAUACGCGCGCUCAGGUUAUUCAGAGUUGGAGCUUUUUUUGCAGCGAGAGGCUGAUCGAAGAUCAUGAGAGAUACAACAUGAUAGCUCACCUUGCGGUCUCUCGGUUGAGAGACAAGGCGGCAUUGGUUAGGAAGUUUGCUAUGAGGCUCUUUUGUGAUCUUUUGACUUUUAAUCCUUACCACAAAAAUUUGUGUUUAUCGUUUUGGGAGAAGGUUGGGACGUCGUUGGAUCGAGAGAUAGAUCAGGCCGACGAAGAUGCCUUGACCGAGUUGCAGGGUCUUCUAGAGAAAAGCAAGCAGGCAAUGGAGUUCGUUCGUUUUGUUCGAGAGGCAAUAGCUCGAGCGACGCAGUUGCUUGGUUCCAGGACUCAGUCGGACGUUAUUGAGGCCAUUCGGUUUUUGUCUCGUGCUAGCUUUUUUUGUGGAAAUGAUACGGCUGAUGGAAUCAAGGUGGUACUGACGCUUGUGUGUAGCAACGAGGCGGCUAUCAAGGAGGCUGCAAAAGAGGCGUACAUUGAGAUGUUUUUUUCUCCUGAGGAUACAAAAAUACCGACUGAGACCUAUAUAGCCAAGAACUUGAUUGCAUUGACCCAGCACGCCACGCUUGGUCAGAUGAUUAGUUUGGAGGAGCUGUUGAAGCAGUUGUACAAGAUGCAUGACAAGAAGGUCGAUGAUUUGUCUCAGAAGUUGCGUGACAUGUUUACGUUGGGCGUGAAGUCUGAAUUGACGUAUGGAUCGAUUAUUGUAUUGUCGAUGAUGGCCAGCAUUUACCCGGUACUCGUCGUUGGCUGGCUGCCCUCCAUUCUCCAACACGGGUUAGGGAAGGAGGCAGUGAAGGAUCCUCAGUUGGCCAAGUGGUCAUGCGUGGCCAUACAGAAGCUUGCGUUGUACUUGGACGGCCAUCCUGCACCUGCCCUGCCGGUUCCUCUCGAUGAUACUUUUUUCAAAUUCUUCACAGACUUGCUCGAGCUACGGGGUCCGUGUCAGCCCGAUCAGGAUCAAGCAACACCGAUCGAAGGCAAGGCGUGGUAUCCGGCUGCAGAGCAGGCCAUAGCAGUUAUCUAUGCGUUAUCCAAGAAUCCAGAGGCCAUCAUGGAGAGGAUUUUGGGCGUUUAUGCGUUGAAUUCGCUCGGUUCUCGAUAUUUCAAGAAACCCACCUUGGAACAUUUUAAGACAGAAGGGUUGUUUUCGGACGGUUCGUCCGGUCUUUCCCGACUGUCUAGGUUGUCUAAGUUAGAGCGCCUAGUGUUUUUAGCUGGCCAGGUGGCGACUAGACAGAUCGCGUUCAUUGAAAGAGUUGCCUGGAACAAGAGGGUUCGACGAGCAGAGGAGCAGCUCGAGAGGAAGAGCACCGGCGGCCAGACGGAUUCGCAUAAUCCUUGCGGGGACCAGGUUGAAUCGUCGGUUUAUGAACAGCAAAUGAUUGAGGACCUUGAUAGAAUCAAGAUGAAUGACGAAGUGGAUAUGAAGGAUGAGCAAGAAGACUAUGAAAGGGCGGCGCUGGAGCGCAGUAUAGUUCAACCGUCUAGCUUGAUAGGUGCGCUUUAUCCCAUUAUUAGGGCGCUUUGUCAGAGCGAAGAAGUGCGGCAAUCGUUUCCGUUCCUGCACGGGAUGGCCAUCGACGCAUUUAGCAGGCUGACUCUAUCUUGUCCCGAGCAAUGCGCUACCAACAUUGGCUCGCUCAGCGAGUGUCUAUCCAAUCGGAAGACCAAGGCAGAAACGCGCCGAAACAUCGUAGUUGCCUUUUGCGACUUCGCGACUCGUUUUCCUAAUGAAUUCGAAACUCAGGCGAGCGUUUUGUUUGAUUGUCUCUCUGAAGACGAGGAUCCCCUUGUGAAGAGAAACGCGUUGUUGGUGCUCUCACACCUGAUUUUCACUUUGAGAAUCAAGCCCAGAGGUCGACUGGGCGACUUGGCGAUGUGCUUGGUCUCGAAAGAUCCCUACGUGUCAAAUUUGUCUCAACUGUUCUUCCGUCAUCUCGCCAAAAACAAGAAAGAAGAAUACAUCAAAUGUCUACCCGAGAUGCUCAAUUCACUACUUUUCGAAAAGAAAGUGCCUAUUCAAGUUUUAGAGGAUAUUGUACCAUUUUUGUUCUCGUUCAUUGAAACACAAGCAGAAUCUGUCUUUAUGGUCGAAAAGUUGUGCAGUCAUUUUCAAACCAGCAUGAUUGAUCAAAAUCAGGUCCUGAAGAGCUUAGCCUAUUUGGUCACGUGCUUGUCUCACAGUGACGCCACGAUUUUGCGGCUCAUUCAACUUUUCAAAUAUUACAAGCACGCAAUUUACGAAGACCAAGUUAAAGGCUAUUUCCUGUCUGUGUGUGCAAAGGCCAGAAGGCUGCACGCCUCUUCCUUGGCAAAUCAACUCGAAGAGAUGAUUUUGACCGGAGAGGCCAUGGAAACAGAUCCGGGUUCUUCGACUCGUCAAAGAAGCACACUUUUGAAAAAGGUGAGGAAAAAAUCCAGUAAAUAAGAGGUUCGAGAGGGAUCCUCCCUUUUCGCUAUCUAUAUUAC